CUUUGGGAACCCUCUCCUUGAUAUAAUAGUGGCUGAAGAGUUUGGAGAGGAAUUGAUUAAAAGAUAUAAUCUUGAAGAAAACAUUGCACAGGAAUUGGACACAAUCUCUGCAGGAAUAUACGAAGAAGUAACUCAACUUCCUGGAACCCUACUGUGUGGUGGAGGAUGUGGAAUGAACAGUGCUAGAGUUUAUCAAUGGUUAGCACAGGAGCCUGGACAAGCAGCUCUUCUAGGAGGAGUUGGAGCUGAUCAAGGGGGCAGAAUACUACAGAAGUUUUUGAACAACUCUGGAGUUGUCAGUUACCUAGCAGAGCAUUCAGAUCUUCCUACUGGACACUGUAUAGCUCUAGUUCAAGGACCAGAGAGAACUUUAGGUAAAUUUAAAGGGAUUGUAUGCAAUACUAUAACCACCCCCCCUUCAUAUCUUCAUACUGGACACUGUACAGAUCUAGUUCAAGGACCAGAGAGAACUUUAGGNUUAAAUACAGUCCUCAACUCAGAGGUUGUGUAUGUAGAGGGAUACUUCUUGAUUCACAGUCCUGAGGUGACCUGCAAGCUAGCCCAGCUAUCGCACAAACAUAACAAGAAGUUUGUGUUCAACCUGUGUGGAGAAUAUGUUUGUGAAAACAUUGAGUUUGUUCAGCAAGUUCUUCAGCUUUUUCCGUACAUAAACUUCCUUUUCGGAAACAGAAGUGAAUUCAAGGCAUUUUUGCGAACUGCACAAGAAAACAAUAUUUAUUCACCCAUUUUACAGAAACUGAAUAAAGUUGAGAGUACAGAAUCCAGUAAUAUCCAGUGCACUAAUAACCUCAGUAAUGAUAAUUAUCUGAUUGCCGUCGUUACCGAAGGAAGUGAGAAAGUUUCUUUGCAUUUUAUUCCACCAGAAGCUGAUUCAAAAACAACAGCUGAUUCUAGUUUAACAGCUGAUAUUUAUUCGUCAGCUGCUGAUUUACCAGCUGAAAGUUCACCAUCUGAUUUAAUAUCUACACCUGAUUUAUCGCCGACAUUUAAAUCCAAAUCAACAACUGAUUCCUGCUCUAUUAGUUUUCCGGUGCCUCCUGUACCAGAAUCCGAAAUACAG